AUGACUAAGAUCACGGAAAUCUUCUUCGAUUGCGACAACACGCUGGUCCUCUCAGAGGAGCUAGCCUUCGAGGCUUGUGCCGAUCUGGCCAAUGAGAUCCUGGAGGCCAACAACAUCCCCGACCGUUACACCGGCGACCAACUCAUCAAAGACUUUGUCGGCCAGAACUUCCGCGGCAUGCUGAUCUCUCUACAGCAGAAAUAUGACUUCCAGAUCGACGAGGACAAGCUUGAAGAAUACGUCAUCAGAGAAGAGGACCAAGUCAUUGCCAAGUUGAACGCCAAGGCUAAAAGCUGCAUCGGUGCCACCGAGGAGCUGGAAAAGGUUUUCGCCGCGAAGAAGUACGGUCUUGCCGUCGUCUCCUCGUCUGCGUUGCGCCGCGUGCUCGCUUCCAUCCGGAAGGUCGGUCAGGACAAGUUCUUUGACGAGAACAAGGUCUUCAGCGCCGCCAGCUCCCUGCCAAAGCCGACCUCCAAGCCCGACCCCGCUAUCUACCUGUAUGCUCUCGAGCAGGUCGGCAAGCGUGCUUCCGAGACUGUCGCCAUCGAGGACAGCAAGUCUGGUGCUCUUUCUGCGGUUCGUGCCGGUAUUCCCGUGAUUGCGUACGUUGGCAGCUACAAUGGCGAAGAUACGCAGAAGGCAAUGGCGAAGGCCCUGACUGACAUUGGCGCGAAGAGCGUCAUGUAUCAUUGGUCAGAGUUUGAGAAGUGUAUGAAGGAAAUCGAGAAUGAUGUCAGCGUCGAUGUCCAGUCGACCCUUUAA